GUUGUACAUAACAUUAUAUUCACCCGUGCACGAUAUCUUCAACCUAGUCAUCGGCGAAUCCUUACGCUGCAAAGUCUAUCUUCAAUCAUGGUGGACCUUGCAUCCCUUUCGCUCUUCCCCGCGACGCGUGCGCAGGUUGAGGAGUCAUGGCGCCGAACUUGGCCACAAUGGGGUGGUGCUCUGUGUCUCACAGAGUACCUUGCGCGAGAGACUGAGAUGGAAUGUAUGGAUCACGCAAAGGAUGGAAAGAUGAUCACCUGGGUGUUGGCCCCACGGGACGACCCCACCACUCUUGAUUUCAUGUGUUCCUGUGAGGCAUUCAAGCGCGCAGGUCUCGUCGCUUACCCUCCCUCCUCGGCCUCUAAGCCCAACUCAGUGCACAAAGUAACCUGCUACGCCGUUGCUAGUGUUUUUACACCACCCUCAAAGCGCGGGCGCGGCUACGCAGGCCAUAUGAUGCGCCUCUUACAUUGGGUCAUCGCCUCUCGUGUCAAUCUCCCCAAGUUCCCAGAAGCAUGGGGUGCACCACCGGAACGGGUAGCGGAAGCUAGUGAGGGACUGUUCUCGGGCCUGUACAGUGAUGUCGGGGAAGACUUUUACCACUCGGCAGGCCCUGGGGGUAAAGAGGGCGGAUGGGAGACGCGGGGGGCCGUUUCCACUAUUUGGGACGUGGGCAUGGAGGAGGAGGAGGAUAACGAUGAAUGGACAUGGCUGACACAGGAGCAGCUGAUCGGGCUUUGGGAUCGUGAUGCUAGGCGGAUUAAAAAAGAGCUGGCGAACAUGCCGACAAGAGACGCUUCAUAUGCAGUAGAGUGCCCGGCAGCAUUCGUGACGUACCUGCCAACAAACGGUGUCUGCGGGUUCCACAUCCCAAGGUCGACAUACGCCUCGGAUGUUUCCACCGCAGGCAGAUUCUGGGGUGUACAAUCCUCGAGUGAUCCAGAGACAUACGCAAGCUGGAGCGUCGACUUGAGACCUCCCCCGCCAACACUGAUCAUUACCCGGCUCUGUGCCAGUGAAGAGACAUUUCCUGGGCUAAUCGCGAAGAUCAAACAGGCGGCUAGACAAGCCGGAAUUGGGAAAGUGGAGGUAUGGAAAUUGAGAGACGGCUUAAAGGACAUUGCACAGAGGACGGGUGGGCGGACGGUCAUACGAAGCGAACAUCUACCGCAGAUAGUAUGGUAUGGACCUGGAGCGACGGGGAAUAUAGAGUGGGCGUAUAACGAGAAAUUCGGCUGGUGCUGAUGCAAGAUUAAGCUGCAGUUGCAGAACAAUCGGAGGUGUCACGCUGGCAUAGCUAGAGAAAACGAGCUGCGUCUGGGAAUAAUCCUACAAGCGCGUCUACUACCACGUCAACAAGAAUUGGCGAAAAUUUCUUCACCUUCCGCGAUCUUGAAGAAGCGGACGUGUAGUCCACCACUCUUUCGAACGACUACUGCUCCAGCUUGCUGAGAAGCUAGUUGGGUGUGUUUUCGAGACAACGCGGCGGAUGCAGGCUGGUGAGUGAUUUUAUGGUUGGGCAGUGAACAAUGGGAGGUUAUAUACCAGUGGGGAAUUCAACUAUAUGAUUUAAAACCUCCCUUCUUUUAGUGAGAUGUGAACUCCGUCGCGUUCGUUCCUGAUUGUUUUCCGAGUUCAGCGUCAACGGCCACUUGUAUGCUUUUUAUCCAUUUGUUUCAUCCGGGCGCGGGU